AUGGCAAAAGCCAAAGGAAAAAAGGAAGCCAAGAAUUCCAAGAAUUCCAAGAACUCGCAGAGCCAUAUUCGAGCACGGCUGGAUUACCUACAUCAAGCUGCCGCAUAUUUCCAGGGCAAAUCUACACUCGCCGAGGGUCAGAAUGUCAAAGUCCACAGCAAUGAACCCACCUCAGUUGCUGGUCAUCUUGACCCAGAGGAUGGCCACACAGGAUAUACUCAACAAGUCUGCUCUGGGAAUCAGAAGAAGACCCAAGAGCCAUUGAGAAACCUCUCAAGGGUAUGUGUAUCACAUCUACGCGCCGUUGCAAUGAAGACGCAAAUUCGGCUGCCGGUCACACUGAAGAGAUCAGUUUGUAAGCGCUGUGACACGAUCUUGAUUCCGGGAGUGACUUGCUCGCAUGAAACUGAAAACGCAAGUCGCGGCGGCAAGAAGCCAUGGGCCAAUGUACUGGUCGUCCGGUGCCUCUCAUGCGGGACUGAAAAGCGAUUCCCUCAGACAGAGAAACGUGGGAAAAAGCUCGUUGAGCGCCGCAAGGAGAAAGACUCGGCCCCGGUACUCGAUGUGAAUGUACCAGAAGUGGAUACCUCAGCGGCGUCGCAAGGAGAAACAGUCGAAUUAUGUGAAGAGAAUGUGCCAAUGUUGGAUGCUGCAGAUGUCCCAGUGACGUGA